AUGGCUACCCCUAGUGUCCUCGCUUUUGACGCUGAGGGUAGGGCCAUUGACUUUGACUUCUGGUCCGUCGGCGCGGCGUCUGCACCCUCGGGGAAGCGCCGCACAGGCAAGGGCAAGGGGGGCAAGGGCGCUGGAGGAGCUGGCGGGGGCGGUGGAGGCGGCAGUGGAGGCGGCGGAGGGGGUGGGGGUGGUCGUGGGAGUGGUGGCGGGGGUGGCGGUGUAGGUGGCAGCAGUGGAGGGAGCGGAGGCGGUGGGGGUGGCGGAGGCGGCGGAGGUGGCGGAGGCGGCGGUGGUGGCGGAGGGAGCGGAGGCGGUGGGGAUGGCGGAGGCGGCGGAGGUGGCGGAGGCGGCGGAGGUGGCGGUGGAGCUGGUCGCGGCUCUGCGCAGAGGAGUGGCUCCGGUGCUAUCUUUGACCUUGACUUUGAUGCUAUUCUUGCUGCCAUGUAUGCUGUGACUAUUAGUGAUGAGGGUGACUGUUACCGGUGCUUUCCGCCCGACUCGGGCAUUGAGACUUCUUCUCUAGGUACUGGUGAGGCUGCUACUCUUGGCGCUAGCGAGGCUGCUGCUCUAGGUGCUAGUGCGUCUGCUUCCUCAGGUACUGGUGAGUCUGCUCUCUCAGGUACUGCGUCGGCUUCGGCCUCCCUCACCUUCACCCUUGACUUGGGGGCUUCUCGCUCCUUCUUUCGAGACCGCACCACACUCACGCCGCUUAGUCGGCCAGUUGCAGUCUCUCUGGCGGACCCCUCUGGGGGUCCUGUCCUUGCUCACUUCUCCACUGUCCUCCCGUGUUCGGCGGCUCCCUCUGGCACCCCGUCUGGUCUUUACCUCCCCUCGUUCUCUACGAACUUGGUGAGUGGUGCUGACGUACAGGAUGGGGGAGUUCACCAGUUCACUCCUGCGAGCGAGCGGGUGACGCACUGCGCUGAGGCUCGGUCGGGCCGACACUUGGCCACGUUUACACGUCAGCCGGGGUCGAGCCUGUACACACUCACCACUGAGUCUCCUCCUGUCACUGAGUCUGGUCGGGUAACUGCGUCGGGUCAGGUGUUUGGUGCAGCGUCCAGGUCUGGUCCUGAGUCUGCCCCCUGCUCGUGUCGUCUCCUGUCUGACGAGACUCUCCUUUGGCACCACCGCCUUGGUCACCCUUCCCUGUCUCGUCUCCGAGGCAUGGCGCCCCGUGUCCUUGUCUCUGGUCUUCCCCGGUCCCUCCCUCCCCUUCCCCCGGGGCCUGCCCCUCCCUUCGUCCCCUGCGUCGAGGGGCGCCAGCGUGCUGCCCCUCACUCCUCCCAGUUUCCUCCGACAGAGGCUCCGCUGCAAACGCUUCACAUGGACGUGUGGCUCCCAGCCCGCGUCCGUGGACAGGGUCACGAGCGCUACUUCCUGCUGGUGGUUGACGACUACUCGCGUUACACCACAGUCUUCCCCUUGCGCAGCAAGGGUGAUGUCACUGAGGUGUUGAUCGACUGGAUCCAAGCAGCUCGUCUCCAUCUCAGGCGUGGCUUUGGCUCGGACUUUCCUGUUCUGCGUCUGCACUGUGACAGAGGCGGAGAGUUCUCCUCUGGCCUUCUGAGAGCCUACUGUCGUGCACGAGGCAUCCGUCAGACCUUCACGCUUGCGGACACUCCGCAGCAAAAUGGGAUUGCUGAGCGCCGCAUUGGCAUGGUCAUGGAUGUCGCUCGUACGUCCAUGAUGCAUGCGGCUGCCCCCCAUUUUCUGUGGCCGUUUGCGGUUCGGUACGCGGCGCAUCAGAUCAACCUUCAGCCCAGGGUCUCCAUGCCGGAGACCUCCCCAGCUUUGCUGUGGACGGGGAAGGUUGGCGAUGCGUCUGCGUUCCGUGUCUGGGGAUCUCGGGCGUUUGUCCGCGACUUGUCCGCGGAUAAGCUGUCCCCUCGUGCUGCUCCCUGCAUCUUCCUUGGCUUCCCCCCUGACGCGCCAGGGUGGCAGUUCUACCACCCCACCUCUCGCCGUGUGUCCCAGGUAGACGCAGUCGAGCCUAUCGAGAUUGCUGGUGACUCUAAUGCUGCUGAGGUUGCUGCACCUGGGGGUGCUGACUCUGGGGGUGCUGAGCCUGAGGGUACUGCUACUGGGGGUGCUGAGUUUGGGGGUGCUGCGACUAUGGGUGCUGUGCCUGGGGGUGCGGAGCUUGGGGAUGCUGAGCCUGGGGGUGCUACGCCUGUGGGUGCUGAGCCUGGGGGUGCGGAGCUUGGGGGUGCUGAGCCUAGGGGUGCUACGCCUGGGGGUGCGGAGCGUGGGGGUGCGGAGCCUGGGGGUGCGGAGCCUACGGGAGCUAGGCCUGCUCGUGUCGUGUCUUGCGGUACUGUGCCUGGAGGUUCUCCGGGUGCUUCGUCUCGGCGGGAGCCACUCUCUCCACAGGAGCUGCGCGAGUGGUUUGCCCGGCGCUGGAGGCGUGCUGCUGGAGCUGGAGGUUCUUUGGCUGCUGAGGGUGCUGCUGUCGCGGGUCCCGGAGGUGCUCGUACUGGGAGAACUGGAGUUGCUGGGCCUGCGGGUACGACUUGA